AUGGCCUUCUCAGACUUUUUGUUUGCCGUCACGGUCGUUCCUCGUAGGAUUACAGAGAUACUGUCUAGUCCACAAGAAUGGCAUAUGGGCGGAUUGCUUGGGGAAGUACUCUGCAAAACGACCUACAUUAUUCAAGAUGUAUCUACAGCUGUGUCCAUUCAGAGUUUAGUUAUUAUUGCAGUGGAUCGGUUCCGAUCCAUUGUCUUCCCUUUAAAACCAUACUUCAUCACUACUUCAAUAAGAGCCAUUCUGCUUUUUUUAACGUGGGUUGUGGCAUUUGGAUUCCACACUCCUUACAUCUACACAUGGCGAUUAGUUUUGCAAAACAACCAGACCUUUUGCAUCUAUAGUUGGGCUCCAUUUUACAAACAGGAAACUGUUACCAGGACGUAUUUCCUAGUAUUAUCUUGUUUUCUGUUUUUUAUUCCCACGGUUACUAUGAUUUGUCUGUAUUGCGCCAUUAUCGUGCGAUUAAGACAGGGCCAAAACACAGUCAUAAAUUAUUCCAGCAAUUUGAGGAAUUCAUGGAACAGGCGAAACAGAAAUGUCCUAAACACUGUAAUUGCGGUGGUCGUUGUUUUUAUCUUGUCUUGGUUGCCUUUUAACAUCGUUGUGUAUUUAUUUUUCUUCUCAUGGGAUUCCCGCCCGUCAUGUAUCGCCAGAACCAUUGCAAGCUACACUGUUAUCUUGGCACACACCAACAAUGCGCUAAACCCGUAUGUCAUUUUUGCUUUCAGUACAAAUUACAGAGAUGGUUUAAGAGCGUUGUUUUGUCAUCAAAAAGUGCGACCUCGCCAAACCGUCCGCACAGAAGCAAAAGUGGUCUCAGGGACGGACUGGACGAAAAAUGAUCAGAAGUCACGCUGUUUACAAAGAAUAACAGCAAGUCAAGAGCAAAAUAAGGUUUUGUAUGAUUGUUAUGAUACCAGGCUUUGA